AUGUAAGAAGGGGAGCAUAUAGUUUGUGCGCGUCAUCAUCAUGACGCUCGACUUCACCGUGCGGCGGCGCGAGCCGGAGCUCGUCGGCCCGGCGAGGCCGACGCCACGCGAGACCAAGCGCCUGUCCGACAUUGAGGACCAGGUGGGGCUGCGCUGGCACGUGCCGUUCGUCCUCUUCUACCGCGGCCGUGGAGGUGGAGCCAGUGCAGACGACGGCGACCCGGCGGCCGUCGUCCGCCGCGCGCUCGGCGAGGCGCUGGUGCCGUACUACCCGCUCGCCGGGAGGCUGAGGGAGGUGGAGGGGCGGAAGCUGGUCGUCGACUGCACCGGCGAGGGGGUGCUGUUCGUGGAGGCGGAAGCCGACGCGCGGCUGGCGGAGCUCGAGGCGGCCGGGCUGCGGCCGCCGUUCCCGUGCAUGGAUCAGCUGCUGUUCGACGUGGACGGCUCCGGCGGCGUUCUCAACAGCCCCCUGCUGCUAAUCCAGGUGACCCGGUUGCGGUGCGGCGGCUUCGUCUUCGCGCUGCGCCUGAACCACACCAUGUGCGACGCCGCGGGCAUCGUCCAGUUCAUGCGCGCCGUCGGGGAGCUGGCCCGCGGCCUCACUGAACCAACGGCGACCGUCGCCACGCCCGUGUGGUGUCGCGAGAUCCUGGACGCCCGCAGCCCGCCAAGGCCAUCGUUCCCUCACCGCGAGUACGACCCCGUGCCGCCGCCGCCGCCGUCGUUCCCACCGCCGGGCGACAUGGUCAUGCGCACCUUCACCUUCGGCCCGGGCCACGUCGCCGCGAUCAAGAAGAGCCUCUCGGCGCAGCGGGGCAGCGGCGGCGGCGGCGGCAAGGCGACGACCUUCGAGGCGCUCGCGGCGUUCGUCUGGCGCGCCCGCACGGCCGCGCUGGAGAUCCCCGCGGACGAGGACGCGCGCCUGGUCAUCGCCGCCAGCGUCAGGGGCGUGCGCGACCUGGGGCUCCCCGCGGGCUACUACGGGAACGCGUGCGUGUACCCGGCGGCGGUGGCCGCCGCCGGGGCGCUGCGGGGCGGCGGCGGCGGCACCCUGGGCGACGCGGUGGAGCUGGUGAGGGAGGCCAAGAGGUCGGCGGUGAGCGCCGAGUACGUGCGGUCGACGGCCGACCUGAUGGCGCUGCGCGAGCGCCCGUCCCUGGCGACCGCCAACAUGCUCAUCGUGUCCGACAACCGCCACGCGGGGUUCCGCCACGUGGACUUCGGGUGGGGCGAGCCCGUGUACGGUGGCCCAGCGGCCGCCUUGUUCGUGUUGACUUUUAUCGUCACCAUCACGAACGGCGACGGCGAGGACGCCAUCGCCGUGCCCAUCGUGCUGCCGCGGUCAGCCAUGGACCGGUUCGCGUCCGAGGUGAAGAUGCUGUGUGCCUGUGUUGAAGAAGAGUUGUAGUGUAGCGCAGGCGUUUUGGCGCGUUGCGGUGUGUUUGUUUCAAACUUUGGACUCUUCGUACUGUCUGCUGUGUUGUCGCUCUACCUACCUUCUUCCAUUUGGUACUGCCGUGCUGGUGAUGUACAUGUGUACUGCAUGGUGUGCCUUGUGUGGUCAGGUAUAGGGGUAUAUAAAAGAGCAAUCAGGCAUAUAUAAUAUAUAUAUAUAUCGUUGUAUGUGUA